GCUUAAGGUAUUGAACUUGCUCCAUAGGAAGAUGGGAGCUGUACUUUCUCGGUGGAGGACAAAGGCAACUACUGUGGAGGUACUGGAGGGGCUUGAUAAGGUAAGAGGUAUACUACCCUCAGCUAAGUAUAUCUUGUAGCAGUUUUAUUAUUAGCUUUGUCACUCAGUUGCCUAAGUCAUCCAGUCUUUCUUACAUUGAAUUUGUCUUUCUGUAACAGAGUAAGAGCAUUUAGCACCAAGAAGCUGUUGUAGAUCUGUUGACAGAUUUUUGGAUGUACAUGUUGCUUGGACGUAACUAUACUACAGUGUAUCAGAAGUAUAUUGGUAGAAAGUGACCCUCUUUAAUUUCUGGAUUGACAGUCACAUGUGUUGCUGUGUCUGCAAUAGCUCUCUUUAUACCAGUUCAGAGGCUCAGUCCCUUUGGAAGCAUUCUCAGAUAUUUUUGUACUGAGGUUAUUCAAUACCACUUCCUAUAGUGCUUGUGAAUGUGACAUGUUGUAUGGGACUGACUUGAAUUUGUAUUUCACUCGACCAAACCACAUGUUAUAUCUCUGCAUUUCACUUAAUAGUUCAAACAGUGCGACUUGUUUGUGGGUGGGCAAGUGUGAGCGAGAGAGAUUUGGUGCAAAGUGAUUAGUUUGGUUUUCUGUAAGCCUGAAGAAUACAGAGGCUCCUAAAACCUGAUGGCUAAAGGUCAUCUGAGUAGGUCCACUUCACGCAUGUCAGAUGUGCUAUAUGACUUGGGUUCAGACCAGGGCUCUCCAGUUUCAAUAUUUGUUUACUUUUUAUCCCCAAGCCUAAGAUGAAUACCAAACGAGCUCCAUAUAGUGUCAGCACCAUGAAGAAAAUGCAUUAUUUCAUGUUUGCUUUUGGACUUUCAUUAUGAUAUAUAGAAAGUUAACUCUACAGCUGCACUUUCUCUUCCUGCAGAUUUUAGAUUGCAAAAUAUUUCAGUGAUUCUUGAAGUUGCUAGGGUUGGGAAAUCUUUAAGCAACUAUAGCAGUUUUAUUACAUAAGAGGAACAGGCUAGUUUUUACCAACAUAGGAUUUUGUUGUUUGUUGCUGUUGUUUUAAAACAGCUUCUCUUGUCAAAUUUAGGAAAAUGUUUCAGAAAUGUAAUCAAACCAACAUCUAUAUUGUGCUUGUAACAGCACAUGACGUUAUAACACUUGGACACUUUCUUAGGCUCUGAACUUUAUGUGGUAUAAUGUGAGGGAGUCUUUUUUUCCCCAGACUGGGCACAGCAGGUGCACCUGAGUCUAUUUGACAGGUGAACAUUUUCUGCUUGCAGCAGCAUAGGGCAAGGCAUGCUGUAAUCCUGACAGUCUACUACUAUUCUGCUAGAUAUGAGUAGCUGUGCAGCACUCAGUGUUAUUUGGCACCUAUGUGUUGAUGUUGCAUUCUAUUUACAAUGUUUUCAUGUGCUGCAAUAUAUAUUUGAAAAUGUAUUUCAUUUUAUAUGUGCAUGUCAUCUUGUUCAUGGAAAUCUGUUUUGUUUAUUUAUUUAUUUUUUUUCGUGAUUUCCAGGAUAUUCAAACUCUUGAGGAGCACAGAGAAAAGAAUCAAAAACAGCUGAAGUUAUGGGUUUACAGAUUACUUCUGUACUCAACCCUUUUGUAUUUGAUAGCCUGUGUAGUUGUUUAUGUCUGGUAUAUCCCUGAACAGCUAAUAGGAAAACUAAUUGUGGCGUCACCUUUUUUAAUAUUUCCACUACUAAUAUGGCUUCUAAGAAAACUGUUAAUUGCUUUAUAUUCAAAAAGAACUGAAAGAAACGAUGAGAAAUUAGAAGAAUUAAAAGAUGAAAAGAAGAAAAUACUUGAGCAGGUAAUGGAAACAGAAACCUACAAAAAUGCCAAACUGAUUCUAGAGAGAUUCGACCCAGACUCAAAGAAAAAGAUUGAGCUGGAGGCAACACCUGCCGGACCUUCUUUGACACCUAGGCAAGGCCAAGAGCUUCGUCAGAGGCAUGUGACUCCUCGUGUUCCUGUUGCUAUGACUCCCAACCCAGCAGCGACACGUCCUCCCCCCAGCCUGGCGGCCACUUCUGGCCCCCCCGGCCUGAUCUCGGCUCCAGGCGGGCCCCCAGAGAGAAGCCUGUCUGCUGCUGCUGCCCACCACAACCUGAUGAGGAGACCUGCCACCCCCACCGGCACCCCUGUCCAAGGGAUGGGAAUGCACCCUCCCGGGCCGCCCCUGGCUAGACCCGUGCUCCCUCGAGAAAGGCGAACUAUAGACAGGGUCCUCGAGUACCUAGUAGGUGAUGGGCCACAGAAUAGAUAUGCUCUGAUAUGCCAGCAGUGUCUGAGUCAUAAUGGAAUGGCGUUGAAGGAGGAAUUUGAAUACAUUGCAUUCCGAUGCGCUUAUUGCUACUUCCUGAAUCCUGCCCGGAAGACGCGCCCCCAAGCUCCACGUCUUCCAGAAUUUAGUGAAGGCAAAAUGAGUCCUGUGCCAUCGGCUGCUGCCCUGGAGACGGAACAGGGUGCUCCGGCAUCCGCUGCAGUAGAGGCUACAACUGAGGCCUCUGGUCCUGUAGAGGAGGUGGAGCCUACAGAGCAUCAUGCGUAUAAAAGCCAAUCAGAGGUGGAGAAACACGGGGCCCUGGAACCCAGUACAACCCUCGCCAACCUCGCUGACAAUUCAGACACUGAACAUGAUGUGUCUGCCAUGGAUGUGGAGUAGAAUUCUCCUACAAACACGUCCCGUCACCCUGUUAAGGAUUCUCCAAAUUGGCCCUAUCGAAUGUGACAGGAGGAAGAGCAUUAAGCGUCUGACAAGAUGAUAUCUAAGUUCAAUUUCCUCCCCCUGCGCUGAUAUAUACCUGCAGCACAUCAUUUUCCUUUCUGUCAUAAAGAGCGUGAUAAAUCAGGGGUGUUCAUGGAGCAGAGGUGGGAAACAGGGCCCUGGAUUUGUGUCCCCAGCUCCAGCGAUUAGGAAGCCAUUACUACCACGUUCUUCUCCUUCAAACGAACGUGAUCAGGCCUAACGCCGCUGGGAUGAGGGAGAUUAAGAGAGAAAGAGCGGGACAGCGCUGUUAUGACGCAGGCAUCUUUCCCAAACAAGCCGUGUUAAGCUCGAUAGAAAAAGAAAACACCCCACUCCCCCUUCCUCUCGUUGACACCAUUAUCCAUCUGUUUGGCUGAAAUUGCUGUAUCAUGGUAUAAAUCUGAGACACAAGUGACACAUCCUCUAAAAUAAAAGGGAACAUUAACUGCUCUAUCUUCCUGGGGCCCUGAGAGCCACUGGUUAUAAGCUCACUCAAGUGUGGUGGCAGUUAUACUGUGUUUUACUAGACUGCAGACAAUUAUCCUUUGCUCCUCUCCCCUCUGAAGACAAACUGCCAGAGCUUCAGCUGAAAUGAUUUCAAAUAGAUUUUCCAAAAUGUCUGUUGCUUGAUUGCUUCCAUACGUUAUUCCUCUUAAAUGGACACGUGUGAGGUGGAGGCAGAGGAAGUGUACGCACAAAUAAAUCACAAUACUCCUUAGCUCACAGAAAUAAGAAAGUAUCAAAUCAUCAGCACACGGUGUGUGUGUGUCCUAUCAUAAGGCAUGUCACUGUGCCCUUACCUCUUAUUUACAUCACUACAGGAGCCCAACAGCUCAGUUUCAGACCCUCUAUAGUCUCAGUAAUGUAACAUUUUCUAUCCUUAUAACGUCCCCUUUCUUUUAGCCAAAGGGACACACCAUCCACCCAAGCUAUAAGAUUACUCUGACACUUCUUAGGCCAUGAGCUCUAUGUAUGGAUAACUGGAUUUUCCUUUUAAGAGCCCAGUCACUGGGCAAUGCUACGGUGUCUCCAUCUGAUCUGGAAUUGUAUUGUAAUGUAGUAGUGAUGGAAUAAUUCAUAGUUAGGUUAAAAGUGCUGCAAGUAACAUUUUUAGCCUGGGUAAGUAAAGAGUAAAGUAACUUCACAGUGAUGCCAUGAAAGCUGUAAAAAACUAUUUCUCUAUCUCAAGGACAGACUUGAGCCUUUUUUUCCCUUAUAACUGUACAACAGUAAGUACUAAGAUUCAUUAGAAAAUCACAUUGUAAGCAUGUCCUUGUGUAUACUGCUGGUUCCUUUCUGAACAUUAUAAAGGUUCCAUCUUUCAAGAUUAUUCAUAUUAUUAUGCAGUCUGAAAAAAAGUCUUCCCAUUGUUUAUCUAAACAGGAUGAUGAGGAGAAUACCAAUUGUAGUGUUCUGUAUUUUUUCCCUGUUUUUGGUUCAUAUAUCAACAACAAAAAUAGUCCAGACUGUUGCCCUCAGCUAAGACUGUGGCACAAACAGUAGUGUGUGUAAGACUCUGCUCUGUGAUUUCAGUCACAUGCGCACACACACACGCGUGCAUGCAGACAGGCGCUGAUGGUGGUGAAUACCAAGCCUGGCAAUAACCCCACUGUCCCAAACAGACAGCACCGAUUACAGCGUUGAGCUGCGAUUCAGCAUUACAGACCUACACAUUUAUUACGUUGACUCCGGCUGCCUAAUACAACCACGCAUGACUCCAUCCAUCUCCGUUUUGUGCCGGACGGAUUUUCGAGACGAGAUAAACAUAUGCAAAGGGGGGAAGAAAGUGUCACAAAUGCGAGGAAAUUGUGCUGAAUUGUAACAGCAGCUAAAUUAAAGCAUUGCUUGACUGGUUUUCAUUGCUUAAAUGUAAAGAUUACCUCUUUUCAUGACUCUUCAUCAAAUGUUUGACUGUGUAUUUUCCAUUACUCUGUUUU